UAAUCACCUGUAAUUAACUCAACCAAAGCCAAAUAAGAAAGAGAAUAUUCUCCCUAAUCAGCAAUUUAUCAAAAUGGUGUUUCAGAUGAAGAAGCCUCAAGUGUUCAUCAGUUUUCGGGGGAAAGACGAACGGAAGAAGUUACUGCCACAUCUCAAACAUCACUUGGAAGUUAGCCCUAGCAAUGUGAGGGUCUUCACGGACAACGACAUUACUGCACAGCGGCUCGACAGACUCUACAAUCAUAUAAAAAAUUCAUGGUUGGUGAUCGUCAUCUUCUCCGUGAGCUACUUGGAGUAAAGCUGGUGUUUGAACGAGUUGGUUGAGAUCAAAAAAUGUUUACAGACGGAGAAGAUUAAGUUCGUCAUGCCUAUCUUUUACAAAGUAGAGGCCUACGAAGUUAAGGAACAGAAAGGAGAGUUCGGAGCUAAGUUUCAAACUUUGGAGAAAUCGUGUCCUGAUAAGGUCAAGAAAUGGAAGAAAGCUUUGGGGUUCGUCGCUAACUAUGUAGGGUUGACUUAUCAAGAACAGAGUUCAGUUUCUGAGUUGGAUUUUAUCAAGACAGUCGUCAAAAAGGUUGAUCAAAUUUUUGCCAAAAGUCCACCAAACGAGAUAUUUGAUAAGUCACAACUUCACUUGUCAAAGACACUAGAAGCUCUGAAUCUGGAAAGAUCUUAUUUUCGAGGAUUCAUGCACGGCUCGGCAUGGAAAGAUCUUAUAUCGUUCGUGCAGAGUAGCAACCGUUUCGAGAUACCUGUUCCUGAAAGCUCUAUUCAGUUUCCUAUGAAUCGUCAGAGAUUCGAUUUACAAGCAGAAAGAAAUGAGUUGUUUGAGAAAGCUACAAACAUACUUGCCCUUCGCAUGAUGCAUAAUCCGACAGAACCUGCACUGAUCUUCAGUAAUUGGGACAAACUAGACGACGAAAUGAAGAACUAUAUCUUCGACUCUGCACAUAAGAAGAUCAAGAUGAUCAAGAUCUACGAUGUGGUUUUUGAUUGUCUCUCAGUUGUUUUCUCCUUUUUUUUAGUUUACGUUUGUGCUUAUGGGUAUAUGAUUCCACAGGAUAUUGAUUCGGAGCCUCUCUUUCGUUCAAAUGUUUCUCCCUACGUUGAAGAACUAAUAUGGGACAAGACGGUAGAGCCUCAGGUUUGGCCACAUCCUGAUCAUAGACGCGCCAGCUCAUUUCAUGACAAUAGAGAACAAUCUUACCCAUUGCUUUAUGAAAUGGACUGGCCGGUGGAACCCCUGGUCGAACCCCCGGCCAAACCCCGAGUUCAACUCACCGAUAAAUCCCCGGUCAAACCCCUGUUCGAAGCUCAACGGAGUAAUGACAACCCGGGUUAUUUUACGACUCUGUGUUACUGUCUCAAGAGCUGUGUGUGUUUAACCUAAGGAGCAAAAAUAUGAUCCGGAGGAUUUGCCGACAUAAAAUUUCCGUUGCAGGCAGUAUUGGUUAUAUCUUUUACUUGUGACAUGCGCAAAAGCUAUUGUAUCACGUUCUGACAUUGCGGUCAAACUUGUUUAUAUAGUUUUUUUUUUACUUUACUGUUACAAUAUAUUCUACCCCUUAAACGAUCAACAUUAUUUGGAGUUUAACAAGAUAUGAACACGGAUUGGAGUUUCAAAUCAUUAUGUUGACCAAUUCAAUCGAAUUCCUAAUCAGAAGCUGAAACCAUAACUACCUGGUGUGCAUUUGGACUGUGUUAUCAUAAUUUGGUCUAAAAGAUAAAGUAUAAAGGCUGACAAAAAAAGAUACAGUAUAAAGAUAAAUGAAAGAAUCGGUAGUUGAGAA